AUGAUACAAAAGAUUUUCCUUGAAAUACUUGUGCUGCCGCGGAAACUGUCAGAAUUUCCAAGGGUUCUUUCCAACUCAAUUUAUGAACUUGACUCGCCGAACUGUGAUUUGGUUCCAAAAGUCUUACCCAUUGGCCCAUUACUUGCAAGUAAUCAGUCUGGAAAUUCGGCUGGAAGCUUAAUUCCUGAGGACUCAUCUUGCUUAGGUGGCUUGAAGCAAGCAGUAGGUUCAGUCAUUUAUGUUGCAUUGGGCAGCACAACCACCUUAAAUCAGCAACAAUUUGAGGAAUUGGCGCUCGGUCUUGAAUCCUCAGGCCAACCAUUUCUGUGGGUUGUUCGAUCAAACCUUGUGAAUGAAUCGCUAACCAGGUUCCCAAAUGGUUUUAAAGAGAAACUUGCCGGUCGAGGAAAGAUCGUUGAAUGGGCAGCUCAAGAAAAGGUGUUAGCUCAUUCUUCAGUUGCUUGUUUCUUAAGUCAUUGCGGAUGGAAUUCUACUACGGAAGGAUUAAGCAUGGGAGUACCAUUUCUGUGUUGGCCUUACUUCGCGGAUCAAUAUCAAAAUAGAAGAUUCAUUUGUGAAGUCUGGAAGAUUGGUUUAGAUUUAACCCCGGAUGAAAAUGGGAUUGUUACAAGGCAUGAAAUACAAAGAAAGGUGAGAAAACUUAUCAGUGAUGAUGGUAUCAAAUCAAAUUCAUUGAAGAUCAAGGAAAUGGCUAGAAAAAGUCUUGUCGAAGGUGGAUCUUCAUUCAAAAAUUUUGAGAGAUUUAUUUCUCAAGUGAAGUCUAGUCAAUGAUUUUGUUCAGUAAUCUAUAAGAAUGCUGAUAAUUAUGAUGGAUAUUGUAUUUUGAUGUUGAGAAUAACAGGAAUCAUGUCAAAUAAAAUAGUUUAUUUUAAACUUAUUAA